AUGCCCAGAGAAGUCGUAUGUGGAGAAGAAAACGAACCCUUUGCUCAGAGAACUGAUCUAGGUUGGAGCAUAGUGAGUUAUGGUGACCCACAAGAGCACUACAGUGAUGCAAUUGGAGUAAGUCACCGCAUCAUUGUAAGGAAAGUGACACCUGAACCCAAACCAACAAUCAAGCUCAAAGGUGAAGUUCACUAUGUUUGCAAGACUCAGAUCAAGGAAAUGAUCAGUCCAAAUGAUGUAAUUAAGGUACUAGAAUCUGAUUUCAGUGAAAGAGUUGAAGAAGAUGCAACCGUCUCUCAGGAAGAUCUCCACUUCUUGACUAAGCUGAGAGAUGAAAUCAAACACAAACAAGAUGGUCAUUAUGAAAUGCCCUUACCUUUCAAACAAGACAGACCAAAUCUACCCAAUAAUAAGUCAUGUUCUGUUCAGCGUCUAAGAGGCUUGGAACGAAGGCUCAAGAGAGACCAGAAAUACUGCUCAGACUACAUGAACUUCAUGAAAGAUAUCAUUGCUCGUGGUGAUGCUGAGAAGGUUCCCGAAAAGGAACUCAACAAUCAUCCAGCCUGGUAUAUUCCCCACCACGGGGUAUACCACCCUCAAAAGCCUGGGAAGAUACGCGUCGUCUUCGAUUGCUCAGCAAGAUUCCAAGACACGUCAUUGAAUGACCACCUUCUUACUGGGCCAGAGCUCACAAAUACCUUGGUGGGAGUUCUCUGCAGGUUUCGCAAGGGCCCAAUUGCUAUUAUGUGUGAUGUGGAGCGAAUGUUCCAUCAGUUCCAUGUAAGACCGGAAGACCAAGACUACCUGAGGUUCUUAUGGUGGGAGAAUGGUGACCUGAUGUCUCCGCCAUCAACUUUCCGGAUGAAAGUCCAUCUGUUUGGGGCAGCCUCCUCACCCGGCUGUGCCAAUUUUGGUCUCAAACAUCUAGCCGCUAAAGGUCAGGAUCAAUUUAACCAAAACGCUGUUAAAUUCAUCCAAAGGAAUUUUUAUGUUGACGAUGGACUGGUGAGUGUAACGUCUGAUGCUGAGGCAAUUCAACUCAUCAAGGAAGCAAGAGGUCUUUGCAGCACAGGCAAGCUAAGACUACAUAAGUUCGUCUCCAACAGAAAGCAUGUAUUGAAAUCAAUGGAGAUUAGCAAGAGUAGCACAGGUGUACCCUAGCACUGAUGGAAGAGUCAGAAAGGUAAAACUGUUAAUUAGUGACUCAACCUUAGAUAACCAGGGAAAACGCACUACAAAGCCAGUCUAUCUUGACAGGCCUGUAUACAAGACAGUUUUACUGCUUGAAGCAGAAUGAAUGUUAUGGUUAUUUUGUGAGGUGAAAUCCCAAAGGAUGUGAUUUGGUGGGAGUUUAACUGCCAUAAAUGUUAUUCAUGUCAUUAUUAAUGUUAUUCAUGUCAUUAUUAAUAGGUUUUACAUAAUAUCAUUAUUAUUUGUACAACUUGUAUUUUGAAUAUUGAUUUUGCUUGUAUUUAUGUGAUAGGAACUAUCUGUACAUUCUAUGUUGUGUUGGGACGCUUUUAGUGGUGACAAGUUCCAGACAUCGCGGUAAAGUAGCGGCGGUAAAGUUUAGUACUCUGAAAGAUAAGUUAAAUUAACGACGUGUUUAUUUACAAGUAUUCUUGUUUCUAAGUGGACCCAUUUCCCUCUCAGUUGUGUGCAGCCAGCGAGUUCGACGGUGGAUUGAUGACGGUGGAGAAUUUAGUAGAAGAAUAAAUCCAUCAGUAACCAGAA